AUCACCGUCCGGUGGACCGACGUCACAAAGGAGGUGCCGCUCGACGACAACAAGAGCACCCGCCGCAUUCUGCACGGCGUCUCGGGCGUUGCCGUGCCGGGUGAGGUGCUCGCGCUCAUGGGUCCCAGCGGCAGCGGCAAGACGACGCUGCUAAACUGCCUGCAUCCCGAGCGCCGGGGCGCACGCGUCGGCGGCGGCGUCACUUGCAACGGCAGACCGAUGCGGAAGCGCGAGAAGCGGAGGAUCGCGUACGUUUUGCAGGAGGACCACCUGUUUCAGCAGCUGACAGUGUACGAGACCCUGCUCUUCACCGCGCGGCUGCGGCUCGCCACGUCCGAAGCGGACAAGGUCGCGGCCGUCAACUCCACCAUUGAGACGCUCGGGCUCGAAAAGUGCCGAAAGACGGCGCUCUCGCUCUGCAGCGGAGGAGAGAAGAAACGGGUGAGCAUCGCGACCGAGAUGCUCACCGAUCCGUCCAUCCUGCUGCUCGACGAGCCAACCUCGGGUCUCGACUCCACCACCGCCGCCGCGCUGAUGCGCACGCUCAAGUCGGUGGCCGCAGAGGGCCGCACCGUCGUGUCGAGCAUCCACCAGCCGGCCUCGAACGUCUUCAUGUCGUUUGACUGCGUCCUCCUCCUCUGCGACGGCCGCAGCGUCUUCUACGGCCCGCCCUCGGCCACCAUGCCCUACUUUGCGACCCUCGGCUUCCAGUGCCCCGCCGCGUACAACCCGGCCGACUUUGCGAUGGACCUCGUCAACGCGCCAGGCGACGAGGGGCUCACCAACAAAAAGACGAUGGUGGACGCCUACGCGGAGGGGAAGUGCCCGACCGCGUACUCGCCUGCGGAUGCCGCCGAGGAGUCCUCCCUCGCGACGGUCGAGGGCAGCCUCACCCUCAAGGGCGGCGACGCUGCGGACGGUGCAAAGUGGGCGACCGGCUGGGCGUACCAGCUCUCCGUGCUGACGCGGCGCAGCUUCCGCAUCUGCCGCGCCGACCUGCUCACGAGGAUCAGCCUGCUCGAGUGCCUCUGCGUGACGGUCAUCGUCGGCUUGCUCUGGUGGCGGACCCCGUGGAGCGAGGAGCGCGUCCACGCCCGCUUCUCGUACGAGCGUGCCAUCCUUGAGCGAGAGAGAGCGUCGGGCUCGUACCGCCUCUCCGCCUACUUCCUCUCAAAGUCCCUCGCCGAGACGCCGCUCCGCAUGGCCUUCCCGCUGCUGUACCUCCUCGUCUCUUACUGGAUGGCCGGCAUCUGCGACAACUUUGGCGUCUUCCUCGGCUUCGUGGCGAUCGAGCUCCUCGUCGUCAUCGCGGGCGAGUCGCUCGGCUACCUCAUCGGCGUGACCUUCGUCAACCUUCGCCGCGCGAUGGCGGCGUGCACCAUCGUCGUCAUUCUGCUCAUGCUCGUGGGCGGCUUCUUCCUCGAGGGCGCCGUCAUCCCGCUCUGGAUGCGGUGGCUGCGCUUC